AUCGCAUACACCCGUAAUGAUAGCUGCCGCUCUUCAACACUAGACACAUGUGUCGAUAGGCAAAUUCAAGCACGACUCUUUACGAACGUCAUUUAAUUAAUGUUUAAUAUUUAAUGGAGAUCAUAUCUGGUGCCAAUCUUUAUCUACGUCAACUGGGCGAACGGCGGCCAAAUAUAUCCGGUUUGAAUUCCAACAUAUUCAUCGAAGGCGGCCUCCAACGCAAUUCUCUUGUCGAAAUCUCCGGCCGGCGAAACAGUGGCAAAAGUUUACUCUUGAUGCAACUUGUGGCGCAUUGCCUGCCUCAUUGCGAUGUUAUAUUAAUCGAUCUCAAUCAGAAAAUCGAUAUGCAGCUACUGGGUGGAAUUGUUAAGCGUGUUGUUCUCACGGAGAAUCCAAAUGCAACAGCCGACAAAUUACAAGAGAUAUUCGCAAAGUGUUUGGACUCAUUGGAAAUUGUGAAUUGUUUUUCAUCACGACAGGCACGAAUGGCUUUAAAAACUCUCGAUCAUCAUUUGCUGCUCGAUAAUGAGCGGAUCAGUUUGGUUGCCGUCGAUGGUCUGUGUGAAUUUUAUUGGUUUGAUUUGGCGCCAAAUACUCGCAUGCGCAAGUAUCGAUACUAUGUGAGUUGGCUGGAAAGAAUAAACCGCAUCUCCAAACGAUUCCAUGUGUGCUGCAUGUGGACAGUGGAUAACAGUUAUCUAAAAAAUCGAUAUGCACCCUUCAGGGGCAUAACAAUCGAUCACAAAUUACAGUUGAAUUUGUACAAAAAAGGCAGGCGCACGCUAAAUAAUCAAAACAUAAUUAUUAACGAGCAGGGUAUACAGUUUGAAUAAAAAGUACAUUUAAUUUUCAAUCUUCACAA